AUGGCUGGGUGAGGAGGGAGGAGGAGUGUGGUGGACGUCCCAGCGUGGAAAGCUGGCCAGUACUGUUCUUCCAACGAGGGAAAGCUGCACGUGGCGCACCAGUGGAGAACACAGAGACUGAAGGUUUCCUGGGGAGAGCGGCAGCGUUCGGCUGAGCCCCCGCACGGAACAGGACGGGCUGAUCACAAAGCUCAUCUUCAUCAAGGAGACUACAGUCUCACUACUCUUCCCGGGACAGUCUCUUUGUAACUUGAAGAUCUUCACUAGAAAGCAACCAACCAAGGAACUGAAAGAUGCUGCGCUACUGGGGUGAGAUCCCAGUUUCAAUCAGUCAGGGCAACCGCAGCUCCUUUGACUUGCUUCAGCGGGAAUUUCGUACUGUGGAGGUCCAGGAUCCACCAUUGCACCAGCCUUCAGCCAACAAGCCAAGGCCCACAACCAUGCUUGACAUCCCCUCGGAGCCCUGUAGUCUCACCAUCCAUACAAUUCAGCUUAUCCAGCACAAAAGACGGCUGCGUAGCCUCAUUGCCAUGGCUCAGUCUCAGAACCAGCAGCAAGUAGAUGGCAUUAAAAUGGAAGAAAAUGAACCUUUGCCAGCUUGCCCUGGCUCCCCACCUCUUCCUGAUGACUUGCUUCCACUGGAUAGUAGAAUAUCCAAAAUGCCGUUUCAUUUGCGGCACAGUGAUCCAGAAAGUGACUUUUACAGAGGUAAAGGUGAGCCAGUAACAGAGUUGAGUUGGCCCUCUUGCCGCCAGCUGCUCUACCAGUCCAUAGCCACCAUUUUGGCUCACGCAGGGUUUGAGAGUGCCAAUGAGAGUGUUUUAGAGACUCUUACAGACAUUGCUCAUGAGUACUGCCUGAAGUUCACCAAGCUUCUACGUUCUGCUGUGGAUCGAGAAGCCCGGCUUGGGCAGACCCCUUUCCCAGACACCAUGGAACAGGUUUUCCAUGAAGUUGGCAUUGGCAGCGUGCUGUCUCUGCAGAAGUUCUGGCAACACCGGAUUAAAGAUUAUCAUAGCUAUAUGUUACAGGUCAGUAAGCAACUCUCUGAAGAGUAUGAAAAGCUUGUCAACCCUGAAAAGGCAGCAGAAGACACAAAACCUUUGAAAAUCAAGGAUGAACCAGUCAGUGACAUCACUUUUCCCAUGAGUGAGGAGCUGGAAGGUGAUUUAGCAUCAGGGGACCAGUCUUUGCCUGUGGGAGUCCUUGGAGCUCAGAGCGAGCGUUUUUCAGCCAACCUGGAAGCAGAAACAUCUCCACAGACUUCAGGUGGUGAGGUGAAUACUUCCCCUCUCUGGAACUUGGUGCCAGUGAAAAUAGAGCCCCAGGAAACUGAGGAGGGCAACGUCCAUGGGCACCAUGGAGUCCUGGGCAGCGACGUGUUUGAGGAGCCCAUGUCAGCAAUGAGCGAAGCUGCCAUGGCGCAGAGUCCCAAUGGCUCUGAAAGCAGUUAUGGUUCCAACUCUCCUGAUAGCCUGAUAGGAUCUUCCCCAGUCUUCAACCAGCGCAGCAAGAAGAAGAUGAAGAAGAUGUGACUUCUGGCCUGUGGGUGGCAGUAUGGACUGAGCCAGCAAAGAGCUUGGAGCCAAGAGUCAUUGGGAAUGCUGUUUUGGAUUUUUCGUGCAUUGAUUUGUCUUCACUGUACUCUAUUCUGCCUGUCUCCACUCCCUACUUGACCCAGUGGGUAUCAUUUGACUGACAUAAGAGGAAUUUUGGAUGACUGAUGCUGAGAAAAGGAUAGAGGCUGCUCCUAGAAGCCAAGUGUGGCUAAAAAUGGAUGUUUGGUUUAUUCUACUGGGAUUCCAAAAAGAAUGAUAUGACUCUGCUGAGUUUCCAGGAAGUUAGGCAUUUUAUUCUCUGGGAAGGGACGUGAGUCCAAUAAGAAUCUGUCUUGGAAACUGCAAUCUGCAAUAAAAUGAAAAUGGGAUUUAUGAAUCUUUGUUUCUGCUACCCUACAUUUAUAUUUUGAAAGAAAUAAGCUCCUGCUGCAUUGGUUUUGUUUGUACAAAGGUAACUUUUACUUUUUUUGGUUCAGAAGUUUGUUUUCAUUGUACUGAAAUCAGAUAAAUAAAAUUCCAUUUACACCAA